AUGGCGAGCACCAUUCCAGCUAGCUUGCGAUCUGCAGACAUUGGACGAUAUGCCUUGAGAGCAGCGCAGCUCGAAAACGCGAAGCCCGUCAUUGCCUACUGGUGCAACUUCUGGAUCGUGAAUCAGAUUAUCGGGCGGGGUCUACACACUUCUGACGACGAUGUCAAGCUAUACAUAACAGAACUGAUGGACAAGUUGGAGAAGGUACGCCGGAUGCGGCACUUCAAGAGCGAAAACACCGAUAAUGAUACAGUGAUGGAUGCGGUGGCGGCCAAUGCCUACGUGGAGCAGUUCGGGCUGGAGGUACUUGGCCGUGCGGAAGCGGCCAUGAAGGCCAACAAAGUGACCAAACAAACCGCAGAUACCUUUCAGGCUGCCGCAACCUUUCUCGAACUGUGCCAGAUCUGGACCAAUCCUUCGGAACCCGAGGUUGCUGCGAAGAUCAAGUUCUCCAAGUAUCAUGCUGUGAGAAUUAUAAAGGCUAUUAAGGCUGGAGAGGAUCCUAACGCAUCCAAUCCGGUGGCUACUGAGGAGGAUGAACUAGAAGCGCUCAUGGAAGAAACAAAGCAGGACGAUCCCGAAGUGCAGGCCAUUGUCGGAUCGCUAGCCGCGCGCCCUGGGCAGCCGUCUGUCGAAGAGGUGCCCGAUGAUACUCUACAGCCUUCACAAUCGCCUCCUGUUCUACCGGAGCCUCCCACCACAUUUGCCGAUGUCUCCGCUGCUCACUAUAAAGCCGAACCUACGUCUCCGAAUGCGGAGAGUGAUACGGAGCCAGGUGCACCGUUGAAUCUUCCCUCGGCCCCAGAGACGUUCGCCUCCCAUUCUACAUCUGUGCCCAACCUCCCGGACACACCGGCGGAUAUCGGCGCAAGGUCUCCCCAAGCGCGCGCCAACUCAUUCCACUCAUUCCCUCCACCGUCCUCAAUCCCGCCUUCAAGUCCGCCAGCAGCAUCUCAUGAUGCAAGCUCUUUCUACACUAAACCGACAACCGGUGCUGGUCCUCCACCGCCGUUUGUUCAGUCUUCCUCAGCAACAGUGCCCGUUGUUUCCCGCCCAACGCCUCCAAGUAUUCCGUCACCCAUCUCUCCAGCACCUGCACCUGUGGCUUCUAACUCCAGCCGGAUGAACGCGCAGUCGGUCGAUGACCAGGCCAUAGCGCUUGCGCAGAAACAUGCCCGCUGGGCCGUAUCGGCCUUGACCUUUGAUGAUGUGAACACGGCGAUCAAGGAACUCAAGAAUUCACUCCGAUAUCUCGGUGCAGAGUAA